GUCACAAUGAGCAACGAAUACGAUUAUCUCUUCAAACUUUUACUCAUCGGAGACUCCUCCGUCGGAAAAUCAUGCCUUCUUCUCCGAUUUGCUGAUGAUUCUUAUGUGGAUAGUUACAUAAGCACAAUUGGAGUUGACUUUAAAAUUAGGACUGUGGAGCAGGAUAGGAAGACCAUCAAGCUGCAGAUAGUGAGUACACAUAAAACUUUUUUAUUUGAUAGUUUAUGCAGAAGAUUAAUUAGACUUGUUUUAUCACUCUUGUGUUGA